AUCAGCUGAGUUUGACUGUUCGAGUUCUGACGUGUGAUAAUUAUUUGUUUUUAGUUUGUUUAGCAUUUUAAAUGAAUAAUUUCCGGAAAGUGUCAUCAAGCUAGAUAAGAUAUUAAGAAAUUUGCAAAAUUUUCGUAUUGAAACAACAAAAAUGUCUUUAGAAACCAAAUACAAUCUUAAAAGCCCUGGUGUAAAACGUUUAAUGAGAGAAGCUAUUGAAUUAGCGAAACCUACCGAUGAAUAUUUCGCGUGUCCAGUAGAAGAUAAUUUAUUUGAAUGGCAUUUCACUGUUAGGGGUCCUCCAGGAACGGAAUUUGAGGGGGGAUAUUAUCAUGGAAGGAUUUCAUUACCAUCCCAAUAUCCUAUGCAACCUCCAAAUAUUAUUUUAUUAACGCCAAAUGGGAGGUUUGAAAUUAAUAAGAAAAUUUGUUUAUCAAUAUCGGGUCAUCAUCCAGAAACUUGGCAACCCUCUUGGUCGAUUCGUACUGCCCUUUUGGCACUAAUAGCAUUCAUGCCAACAUCAUCGACUGGUGCUAUUGGUUCUUUAGAAUAUACACCUGAGGAAAGGCAACUUUUAGCUAAAAAAUCAAAAAAUUGGGAGUGUUCAAUAUGUGGAAAGAUAUCAGAAAAAUUGGAAGAACAAGAUUUGGUAAUAAGUCCUAAAUUAACACAGGAAGAAACUUCAUUACUUAAACAGAUCGCUCUAAAGGCCGAAGAAGACGCUGAUAAAAAAGAAAUCGACCAUUCAAAUAACUCUGAAAAUAUUAAUGUCGAUGGAGAACUUAGGCAAAGAAUUACAACCCAACAAAUAGAUGAAACUGAUGAAGAUGUUAUUCAAGUAACUGAUCCACUACUCGUAGAUUCAAUCCAAAGGUCUAAUAACGAUAAAUUAUGGACUGCUGCAAUAUGGAUUAUAAUAACGAUAAUAGUUCUCCUUCUAAUAAGGCGACUUUUCUUCGUAUAAUAUUCCAUUUUAUAUGUAUAAAAUAGUAGAGAAUUUUAUACCAAAUCAACAGUAAAUAAAUUAUGUUCUACCUAUAAAGAAGUAUUAUGUAAUAAGUUGCGAAUAAAGACAAAUUUGUUGUACAAAUCAA